CUACCAUCAAACACACACACACACCUCACACGCGACUUGACUCCGUGACCCACCCUUCCUCUCUCUCUGCCGCUCUGCUGCUCUGCCGGUCUGCUGCUUUCUCUCCCACUCUCAUCACGUCUCCAUCCUUCCUUCCGCAUACGCACCCAUAGAGUGCGUCCCAAGCCUUGGUCCAGCGCAGACCCACAUUCCCCUCUCUCCACCUGCCAAGCCUUUCCUCCCGUUUCCUGUGCUUGCAAGCACGCACCACGAGCGCUCGGCUUGCCAAGUCCACUGUUUGCUUUUCCACCCAUUGAAGACCAGCCAAUCAACAUGCGCGUGUUUGCAGCAGCCACGCUGCUGCUGGCCGCUGUCGCCCUCGCCGGCGCACAGCCCGUCGAUAUCACCCUGACCAACCCCAGCUUCGAGACAGGCGAUCUCACCGGAUGGGUCAUGGAAGGCGUGCGUACCCGCGUCAGGACAUUCAACGUUACCGGCGCUGGCCUGUUCACAGACGAUGUCAUCCCCGAUGGUACCUUCGUCUCCGGUAUCGUGAAGAGGGACGACGUUGAUUUCUACCAGAGCCUGGAUGACCUGUUCACCUCUGGCCGCACGUACCGCUUCUCCUGCUACGUUGGCGAGGCCAUCGACAACGAGGGGCCCGACAUGCGCACCGUCUCCAUGCAGCUUCGCCGCGACGACAACAACGCCGUGCUGUCAAGCACCACCAUUGUCGAUGCUGACGUCGACAACGGUGUCUUGUACCAGUUUUCCACCGAGUUCACCGCCACCUUCUCUGAACACGGCGUUCCCAUUCGUGUCGGCUUCUCCAGCAACACCACCGGCAAGAUCGCGUACAUUGAUGACUGCUCCCUCACCUCCUUCCUCGACACGACCACGACCACCACGACAACGACCACCACGACCACGACCACAACUACCGACUUUGUCAUCUCCCCCGACGGCUGGGUGCAGCACAACAACUUUGAGUUCCAGGUGUUUGGCGAAGGUAACAAGCUGCAGUUUGACGCUGCACGUGACGUGUGCCUGGGUCUGGACGCCGACCUUGCCUCGAUCCGCGACCUCGAGGAGAACAUGUUCAUCUCCAACUUCCUGUAUGAGACAGCACCCGUGAACGAGGUGUGGAUUGGCGGCAAGUACGACGAAACCACCCGCGACUUCUACUGGGUCAACGGCCGCGACGCCCCCGACUACGAGCUGCCCUACCUCCCCUCGGAGCCAGACAACAGCGGCCUGUGCGUCCUGUACGACAUUCGCCUCAAGGACGGCACACAGACCGGCAUGUGGGGUGACCGCGACUGUGAGGCCUUCCGCGCCUUCCUCUGCGGCCGCUCAACCUUCACCACGUCCACGUCCACGUCCACGUCCUCCUCCUCCUCCACAUCGACAUCCUCAACAACCUCCUCUUCCACCUCCACAUCUACCUCCACCUCCACUUCCACAUCGUCCUCGUCGUCGACCUCCACAUCCACCACAUCGUCCACGUCUUCGUCCUCAUCCACGUCCUCAUCGUCCUCCACGUCCUCGUCUUCCUCCACCUCCACCUCUUCCUCCACCUCCACAUCCUCCUCCUCCACAACGUCCUCUUCAUCUUCCACCUCCACCUCCUCCUCAACAUCCACCUCCUCCUCUACCUCCACCUCUUCUUCGUCCUCCACCUCCUCCUCCUCCAGCACGUCCACGUCUUCAUCGACGUCCACGACCUCUUCCUCCUCAACCUCUUCCUCCUCCUCAACCUCGUCGUCGUCCUCAACCACCACAUCCUCGUCGUCCUCCACGUCCACAUCUUCCUCCACCUCCUCUUCUUCCUCCACCUCCACCUCCACCUCGUCCUCGACAUCCACGUCUUCGUCCACGUCCACGUCUUCCUCAACCUCCACAUCCACAUCCACAUCCACCUCGACCUCAACAUUCUUCAAGACCCACGAUGGAUGGACUCGCUACAUGGAGAAGGACUACAUUGUGAUUGAGGACAAGGAAGUGUUUGACGAUGCCCACCAGGGCUGCCUGGACCUCAAUGGCGACCUUGUGUCGGUGUUGACUGCUGAGGAGCACGAGUUUGUGUUCUGGCUUUCCCUGGACUCCACCACCAACAACGAGCUGUGGAUUGGCGGCUUCUUCCCGGAGUUUUCCCCAGGCCUGCAGUGGACCGAUGGCAGCGAGCCAAACCCAGACGUGACCCCCUAUGCCCCCGGUGAGCCAACACGCAACUUUGGCGAGAACUGCAUCCUGUUCAACGUGCGCGACGGCGCUGGUGCCCCGCAGGGCGAGUGGGAGGACCGCAAGUGCACCCUGCGCCGUGGCUACGUCUGCAAGCGCGACGCCCUCUACACCACCAGCACCUCCAGCUCCACCUCGACUUCCUCGUCCACCUCCACCUCAUCGUCCACCUCCACCUCAACCUCCUCCUCCACAUCCACAUCGUCGUCCACGUCCACGACAUCCUCUACCUCGACAUCGACCUCGACCUCCACGUCCUCGUCGACUUCGUCCUCCACGUCUUCCUCCACCACAACCGAGGAGCCCAAUGCCCUGGACAACGGCAGCUUUGAGAGCCCCGCACUCACGGCUGCGGGGGACUUCACCACCGAGGCCACGUCGUGGUCCCUUGGCGGCGACGCUGGCGUGUACUUCCCCACCUCCAGCAACUAUGCUGGCGGCGUGCCUGACGGCGUGCAGUGCCUCUACCUCCGCUCUGGCGCAGUUGCCCAGCAGUCGACCGACCUGACCCUGUCUGUGUCUGAGGGCGACGAGGUGUCUCUGUCCCUCUCCGUUGGCUGGCGCAGCGACCUGCCCUUCAACGGCCUCGUUGUUGGUCUCUUCACGGAGCUCGGCACCCAGAUUGUUUCCACACAGAUCAACAGCGGUGACGUUGUGCAGGGCGAGUUUAUGUCGUUCUCCUUCUCCGGCACCGUUGGCGAGGGUGUGACGAACGAGGCCCUCGUGCUCAGCUUUGGCGGCGCCGCCGCCGCCGGUCAGGUCAACGUCGACGACGUGCGUGUGCGCGCCUACCCUGACACCACCACCACAACAACAACAACAACGACCACCACCACGACCACCACCACGACGACCACGACCCAGUCCACAACCACCACAACCACAACCACAACCACAACCACCACAACCACAACCACAACCACCACCACCACCACGACCACGACAACUACCACGACGACGACCACCACCACACCGCAGGUGAGCGCCGCCACAAACCCGAGCUUUGAGCUGCCGUCGCUUGCUGCUGAUGGCGACUUCUCUGGCAGCGCCACCGGCUGGACGCUGUCCGGCACCUCUGGCGUGUUCCGCCCCACCACCGGCGUCAACUUUGCCACGGAUGCGCCCGACGGCAACCAGGUUCUCUUCCUGCGCGGCACUGCGAGUGCACAGCAGACGACCGGCUACACGCUCUCCGAGGGCACGCCCGUGUCGUUCUACUUCUGGAUUGGCCGUCGCGCCGACACCGCCUUCAACGGCGUGCAGGUGUUUGUGUCGUCCUCGGACACCAACGAGGUGCUCGCCUCUGGCGCGUACACGAGCAACGACGUUGCCUCGGGUGAGUUUGCCCGCAUCGACCUCAACUUUGUGACGCCGAGUGGUGUGGAUGGCGAGAACGUUGUGCUUCUCUUCAUUGGCGCCAGCAGCACCGGGCAGGUGAACAUCGACCACGUGUUUGUCAACACGAACCUGAACCCGACGACUACGGAGGGCACCACCACCACUGCCGCUGCCACGACCACGAGCACGACUGCCGACCCCAACGUGCUGAGCAACUCUGACUUUGAGGCCACGAACCUCCCCAACGACAACGACUUCACCACCGACAUUUCCGGGUGGGUGACGACUGGCGUUGCCGGCGUGCUCAACCCAGACAUUGUCAGCUACCCUGGCGGUGCACCCAGCGGCGACAACGUUGCCUUCCUCUUCCAGACUGCCAGCAUGCUGCAACAGCCGUCGUCCUUCUCCAUGACCCCCGGCGCGACCUACACGGUUGAGGCCAUGAUUGGCUGGCGUGCGGAUGAGGACUUCUCUGAGGGCACCAUUGCUGUUGUGUCUGCCACGUCGCAGGACGUGCUUGCCACGAUUGAUGUCACCACGGGCGAUGUCACGCAGGGCACCUUCACCAGCUUCUCCAUGUCCUUCACUGCACCGUCCUCCGAGGGCGUGUUUGUCGUCAUUGACAGCACGGGCUCCGCUGGUCAGAUGAACGUUGACCUCGUCCGCUUUUACGAGGCCUAACUCCCCCUCCCCCUUAUCUCUCCCUUUCUCCCUUUUUCUUUUUGCCCCAAGACGAGUAGCACCACACUCCUCGCACUCGGUCCACCCUUCUCCCACUUCGCUUUUAUCCAACCAACUCCACUUCUGCUCCAACGCAAUCAUCACAACAACGCAACGCAACGCAAGCAUCCAACGCUGCCCAUCAAACCAACAAACCAUCCUUCUCCACAACCAGCAUCUCCUGAACGUGCUGCGUUUCUUCCUUGUUUCGUCUCAUGUGUGCCGGCUGACGCUUUGUUGUUGCUGCUGCCUGUUUCUUUCCUUUUGCGCCCCAUUUGUGGUGCGGUGCCUUGAGUCAACCCACGUGUGUUUAUCUCCAAUCGCCCGCAUACUGUGCAUUCUCCUUUUGAGUGUGUGUGUGUGUGUGUGUGUGUUUGUGCUGCGCUUCUGUAUGAUGUUUCUGUUUGUUUUCGUGUGUGCGUGUGUGUGUGUGCGUGAAUUGUCCUACAGUGUUGACUACGACUACCCACUCCAACUGUCCAUGAUUGCCUGUGUGGUGUGUGUGAGUGCGUGAGAACCGAGCGCUGCUUGACAGCAUCGACGAGUGUUGAGCAAGCGAACACGUGCGUUUUUGUUCCCUCGCCAUUGCCCGCUGUUGUGGUUGUGCGGUUGCGUGGUUGUGUGGUUGGUGAUGGUUCUCGCUGCCCUCUGCGUCUCGUUGCCUCGUCAUGUUUGUGGUUGGGUUGUGGUGAUCGUGUCACCACCCCUUGUUUUCAUCCCUUCACCACUUCACUCACAUGUGCAUGACAAAGGAGACGCGCAUGUGCGCGAAACCAUCGCUGCACGGUGCAAUUGGUGCUGCUUCACCCCACGUAGAGCCACGCACACGUCCCACCUGCUUGCUUGCAAGUGAACCAGCAGAGCAGUCGUAGUAAACGCACCACCAGGCAAA